AUGGGCUACGGCACCCUGUCUAAGGCUAUGAUGAUGAUCCGCACAACAUAUACACUAAAGAAAAAUUGGAAGGGUGAUCCUUGUGCACCAAAAGCAUUUGCAUGGGAUGGCUUGGACUGCAGCUAUCCAUCAUCUGGUCCUGCAUGGAUAACAAAUCUGAGUCUAUCAUCAAGUGGGUUGACUGGUACAGUUGAUUCUUCUUUUGGGGAUCUAAAAUCCCUCAAAUACUUGGAUCUGUCAAAUAAUAGUCUAUCCGGUCCAGUGCCAGAUUUUCUAGCGCAAAUGCCAUCACUGAAAUUCCUUGACGUGUCAAGCAACAAACUUAGUGGACGGGUACCUGCUAUUCUACUAGAAAGGCAUCAAAAUGGAUCUCUUGAAUUGUGGACUGGUAACAACGCAGAUCUAUGUGAUAAUGACGCUUCGACCUGUGAGUUAGAGAAGAAAAGCAGCAAAACACUUGUUAUUGCAAUAGUGGUUCCAAUAGCAGUAGCAACUCUACUGUUUGUGGCUGCAUUUCUCAUCCUCCGUAGAAUAAGAAAUAGGCAAGACAAAUGGGUGGCAACCAACUCAAGACUUAAUAGCAAAGAAGACAGAUCAAACAUAUUUGAGAACAGAAAGUUCACAUACAAGGAGCUAAAAGCUAUGACUGCUAACUUCAAAGAAGAAAUAGGGCGAGGAGGUUUCGGUUCUAUCUUCCUAGGAUAUUUGGAGAACCAAAGUCCAGUUGCUGUUAAAAUGCGUUCAAAAACCUCCUCUCAAGGGGACAAAGAGUUUUUAGCAGAGGCUCAACAUUUGACCAGAGUUCAUCACAAGAACUUGGUUUCCUUGAUCGGAUAUUGCAAGGACAAGAAACAUAUGGCCCUUGUCUAUGAAUACAUGCACGGAGGAAAUCUAGAGGACCGUCUAAGGGGAGAGGCCUCUGCUGCUACACCCCUCACUUGGCAUCAACGUCUAAAGAUCGCGCUCAACUCCGCCCAAGGAUUGGAGUACCUGCAUAAAUCAUGUCAACCUCCACUGAUCCAUCGAGAUGUAAAGACAAAGAAUAUUCUGCUAUCUGCUGACCUUGAGGCGAAGAUAGCUGACUUUGGGCUCAUGAAAGUGUUUGCCGACGAGUUCAAGACCCAUGUCACCACCAUGCCUGCUGGUACCCUGGGGUAUCUUGACCCUGAAUACUACAACACAUCCCAGCUCAGCGAGAAGAGCGACGUAUACAGCUUCGGAGUUGUUCUUCUGGAACUUAUCACAGGCCAGCCACCGGCAGUCCCCAUAAGCAACACCGAGAGCAUCCAUGUUGCCCUAUGGGUGCGCCAGAAGCUCUCGGAGGGUGACAUUGCAAGCAUUACUGACCCAAGGAUGCAAGGGGAGUAUGAUGUCAACUCUGUCUGGAAAGUUGCAGAGUUGGCGCUGAAGUGCAAAGAACAGCCAUCAAGGGAGCGACUGGCUAUUGCUGAUAUUGUAGGAGAGCUCAAGGAGAGCUUGGAGCUGCAGGUGUCCUAUGUAAUGGGCUACUAUAGCUCAGCCCCGAGCAGCACACUCAAUCUCAGUGCAACAAGUGUUGAUGUGUAUAGCGAUGAUGCCCAACUAAGUGAUCACCCAGGAAAGAAAGCUUUGCCUGAGUUGCAGCAGGUAGGCAUUGCAUCUGCAACUCAUAUAGGUCCUGCACAAAGAUGAGACCAACCGAUCAACUUUUUUAUGUUUUAGUCUCUAUUUUGUAUUUUUUAUCCUUUCACGAGGAAAGUCUAGAUUUUGUAUAUAAGGUGAGGAUUUGU